GGAUAAAGUUCGACUCCACGUUGGAAGUGGUAGAAAGUACAUUGUAGCCAGUCAGCCGUCGUAGCUACGUCCACAGGGGACAAUUGUUAUUAUUCUACGAUAUUUCAAUUGAACUAUUGAUGUCCAUUUCACACAUCGAUCAGUUUUUGUCACUAGGCUACAAUUUUUUCGGUCAAGACGAAAAGUUUUCCCGUUGGACAAGUUGAGUUCUGAGGCGCACCCUGUCCUAGACUGGUGGUGAGAAAGGAUUGCAUUUUAUCACUCGAAAUUAUCGAAGUAGGCUACAUGGUUGGAUGUGAUUUUUUUUUUAUACAUCCCAAGAAAAGUUCAAUUGAUGCCUACCAAGAUGGAAGCGACAUUUUAUGACGAAUCCGUGAAUGGCUCAAAUUCUCAGCACGGUGGAAUGGGAGGAUAUGGAUUUAAUCCGAAAACUAUGAAGCAGAGUAUGACACUGAACCUAAACGACCCCAAAAAUUUCAAACCUCAAUUGCGAGCGAAAGCGAUUGACUUACUAACGUCCCCUGAUGUGGGAUUAUUAAAACUAGCCUCUCCGGAACUAGAAAGACUUAUAAUUCAGUCCUGCAAUGGGCUGACUACUCCCACCCCUACUCAGUUUCUCUGUCCCAAGAACAUCACAGACGAGCAAGAGGGGUUUGCUGAGGGAUUUGUAAGGGCACUCGCGGAGCUUCACUAUCAACAGCAUAUGCCCAAUUGCUCAGAGGCGCAAACCAAUGUAACCACAGACAUGGCACCCGUAUCUACUGUGUCCGACAGUGGUAUUCCGUACAGCUGCACUGUUCGUGCAGAGCCACCGGAAUAUACAAACUUGGGCACUUUCGGUCGGGCUGUAAACUCUGCGUCGGCACCUACUGGCGAAAGACACUCAUCGGCCAGUUACACAGCCGUCACGUCCCAAAAUCAUCUGGACCCCCAGCGGUCAGCACAGCACGCGAGGCUACAAGCAUUCAAAGAGGAGCCCCAAACGGUGCCCGAAAUGACAGGCGAAACCCCACCACUAUCUCCUAUCGACAUGGAAAGCCAGGAGCGGAUCAAAGCCGAAAGAAAGCGAAUGAGGAACAGGGUGGCCGCGUCCAAAUGCCGGAAAAGGAAGCUGGAAAGGAUUUCGAGGCUAGAGGACAGGGUCAAAAACCUGAAGACCCAGCACACAGAGUUGGUUUCCUCUGCCAACGUGCUACGGGAUGAACUUGCACUUCUAAAACAAAAGGUCAUGGACCACGUUAACAGUGGCUGCCAGCUCAUUUUGACGCAGCAGCUCCAAUCUUUUUGAACAAAAAGGGACAAUGCGCUAUAAGCCAGAGACAUUUGGAUUAGGGACCAAACGCAACUCCAAGGGGCGUGAUAUAAAGUUGCGCCUUGACAGAAUAGCGACAACAGACCUUGUGGAAUCAAGUGGUGGCCAGUCUGCCCGUUCCAUUUUCACAUUGUCCGGUAGCAAAUGUAUAUAGACCAUGUCUAGCACUGAGUUUCCUCACCAGUGACGAAUUGUACAAUAACACAGUAUAAAACAUUGCUUCAUCGACGCACCUUUGCGCAAGGACUGACUCAUGAUGUGUAACUUACUGACGGAAAAUUGCCUUACUUUGUUGACAUUGAUAAUAUUUUGAGGUUUAACAACUGUUAGACCUGAAUGAAUAGGCUACUUUGUAAUAGGCCAACUAUUUUUAUGCCUGUCUUUUGAGCACUUAAAAAUUUGUAUAACAAAAAAUAAAACGUGGAAACAAAA